AAUCGUCAUAAAACCUUUAUAGCAGGUGGGGGUUUAACAGUUUCACUUUCUUUCGUAUAUUUUAAGGCAUUUCAUAACUUAAUUCAUCUAAAAACGACAGCAGCUAAAAAUAAUUUGUUGGCUAUUUGUAUAAAACAAUACCGUUAUCAUUUUGAAAUAUGUUAUUCAGAAUGUGGAGAGGAUUUAUCAUUUUAAAUUUUGAUUCGGUAGGGAAAAUUCGAAACCAGGAAGUUAGUGACAGUGCGUGUACUGUAGAUCGAGUAUAGGCUUCCAUGGUUGAGUAAUUUGGAUGGUCGAUUUCGAUCUCUGUAAGUCAAAAAUCUAAGGUAUGGUACUAGUACAGACUCAAUAGUCACAAAGUUCGCACAAAACCGACUUCUGAAAUCGCAGGAAGUGGAAAAAACAUUGAAUUAGAUGGAUCGAAAGACCUUUGAAUUUCAAGAUGGCGUGAUUAUGGAACGAAUUUUUUUGUAUAGCUCGACAUUUCUUGUGGCGAGUGGUGUUUUACUUUCCGUGGAGCAGGCAUUAUGACGUUAUCGUCGGAGGAUGUUCAUUUUCGUUACAACCGUGGCCGGGCGAUCUUGUCAGCAGCAAGUGACAAAAUAACUGCAAUCUCCACUAACCUUGGCAAGGAUGGAGUCAUAUACUACUAGCUCCUCGCAGAGUCCACUUGACAAUGAAAUUCAGAGCGUGGUAAUAGGUUGUCUUUUCGUAACUCUUCUUGUUCUUAUCGGCAUCAUCGCAGGCCUUAUCAUAAAACGCCGUUAUUGGUACAAUCGGUGUCGUUUGUACUACAACGCUCCUUCACCAGCAAACCAAAACGAGAGAGCAACACAUGUGUAUGACAACGAAGUUUUUGUUGAAGAUGUUUCUUCAUCUGAGGGUGACUAUUCAGAAAGAAUGCAACAGGAAGAUUCCGAGGAUAUGGUAUUUUAUUUGAACCAGUCUUCCUCUGUUACAGGUCAAGACCAAAGUUCAGAAGAGCUGGAGACUCAGUUCAACAGGUCUACCACCAGUGGUGACCUACAGGGAAGUUCACCUGACUCGGAGACAGACUUGUAUAAGUCUUCCUCAGUUACAGGUCAAAACCAAAGUUCAGAAGAGCUGGAGACUCAGUUCAACAGGUCUACCACCAGUGGUGACCUACAGGGAAGUUCACCUGACUCGGAGACAGACUUGUAUAAGUCUUCCUCAUGGCCAGAUCGAGAGUUAAAGUUUUCCGUAGCAGAAAUUGGGCAGGAAGAAUACGAGGACACAGGAACAGAACCAAAUUCGCCUUUUCAAACUGAAAUCCCGCAGGAUGUUUCAAGGGACGUGAAGACGACUGUAUUCAGUGUGUUUUGUCCAGCUGACGGCUCAGAAAAGAUAUCGACUGACUCUUUCCAAGCUGAAGUUGAACAGGAAGGUUCAGAGAAUGCAAUAAAUGGAAGUUUGACAGUUCAUCUGAUGGUAUGUGAAGGAGGUUCAUUGGACGUGGGGGCAGAAGCAAAGACUGUGUAUUCAGUAGCUGAACUCCAACGAGAGGGUUAUGAGGAUGUAGAAAUCAAAACGGCCAGGCAUUCAGCAGCCAAAGCUCAACAGGAAGAUCCAGGGAAACUGCCCACCAUAAUGAAUUGUCAUCCCACAGCUAAAGUCCAAGUAGGAGCUUCCAGCGAAUUGCAGACCGAAACGACUCUCGCCACUACUUCUCUUGUUGAUGCAAAGGAAGAAAGCCCAGAGGAAUUGGUGGAUGUACUCAGUUUUCCCAUUCAAGUUGAAUACCUUUCGGAUAGUUCAGAGGACACGGAGGCGGUACGGGAUGGUUCUUCUACAGCUGAAGUCCAGCAAGAUGGACCAGGGGACUUUGAGACGGUACGGAAUGGUUCUUCUCCAGCUGAAGUCCAGCAAGAUGGAUCAGGGGACUUUGAGACCGUACGGAAUGGUUCUUCUAUACCUGAAGUCCAGCAAGAUGGAUCAGGUGGCUUUGAGACCGCAUUGAACGGGCCUUCCAUAGCUGAAGUCCAGCAGGGAGAAUUAGGACUCUCGGGGAUUGUACUGAAUAUGACUUCAGGUGGAGCAGAGCUUGAAAGUUCAGAGGAGGAAGACAUCUACACCUGAUACCGAACUCAUCAUAGAACAUUGGUGGAAAGUCAUAUAGAAUCGUAGCGGCAACAAACAAGAAGCCUUCCAUUUUAUAAGGUCAUUGGCCCUAGAAAGGCGUGAUGCCAGCCCAAUCAGCGAAGCUGAGUUUCUGUGUUCAUAACUGUAUUCAUAACGUUUGCUGGUUCUUCUUUAAAACCGUGUUCCUAACGUUUCUAGGUCUUCUUUAAAACUGCUGAUGUGCUGUGACUACAUCCCGCGUUUUGAGAGAGGGAGGCGAAAGUCUAUGGUGUUUUUAAGUUGAAGUACACAUGUAGAUUGAUAGGUGUCAAUUUAACACAGCUUUUUCGAGUGUAAACAAAGAUAAAUGACUUGACGGAUGGUAUAAAAUAUAGAUUAGUGAAUAUUUUUUUCAUUAUUUUACACAAUUUUUAUUCAAAAACAAAUCAUACGAAGUGAAAAAUUAACAGAACAUGAAUAUUUGACAUAGCAAAAAAAUGUAUUUUAUUAUCAAACGAACACAAUGGAAUAUGGCACAAUUAACACUAACAUGUACUAGCACUAUGUACACUAUAAGUGUUUGGGAAUAUAAUGAUGCUUUUUAACACUGAAUUGGUGAGAACACUGGCGUAAAUGACAGUUGAACACUAAAAUAUAUCACUAGUGUCUAUAAAAACUCUUUACACUAUCAUACUCGAACUGUAGGUUACAAUUUUAAAGGAAAAAAGCUCCACAAUAUUGAUACAAGAGUAUAUAGCCAAUGCUUGAUGUCUUUCGAUGGGUGAAAAAUCCUCAAUUAGAAAAUGAUAUUAAAGUCUCUGAGAUUCUGGAACAAAAAAUCCCAUCCCUACAGGUGUUACAA